UUACAAAGGGAAAAGAGGUUAAAUAUUAAUAAGCUCUAUUCGGAAAAUAAAAUUUCGAGUUUGACCCAAAGAAUCUUUUUAGGGGAAUUAUAUCAUAUAAAAUUGUCAAGGAUUCCAAAAAAUCUAGAGCAAAUGGCAAUUGCUCGAUAUUUCUUAAAACUACUUUUUAAUUGUGCUUUCGAAUUGUUUGGAAGUUUUCAUUUUAUAAUUAACCCACAAAUGAUUGAAUUAUUGUUUGAUGAAACAACAACAGAUUUUCCUUUACAAAUGCAUUCUCAAUGUGCAAGAAUACUUGUUUUUGAAGACAAUGCUAUAAAGUUUAUUUCGAAUCAUCUGAUUUCAAAUCAGCUUGACGUUGAGAUUGAUAGACCUAUCGAUUUAUCAAAAAAUUUCAAUCCUUUAUUUAAAAUUUUGGCAAAUGGAGGAAAUAGAUUUUCCGUUAUUUCUUAUGCACGUAAUAUCAGCUAUAUUUUAUGAU